AUGGAAUUUCCUGAGCUUCACAUUCAACCUGCCCAGAGUUCUCACACCCAUACGGCAAUAUUGCUGCAUGGUCGCGGCAGCAAUGGCCCGGAAUUCGCCGAAGAGCUUUUCUCAUCUACCACCUCCAGAAACAAGACCCUGGCCGAAUCUCUCCCAAGUUGGCGCUGGGUAUUUCCAACUUCUCGCGAACGAUGGGAUUCCAGAUUCCAGGAGGACUUGUGUGCUUGGUUCGAAGCCUACUCGUUGACGGACAUCCAGGAACGACAGGAGUUGCAAGUCGACGGCUUGAGAGAGUCGGUCGCAUAUAUCCUGGAUCUCCUGAAAAGUGAGAUUCACUUACUCGAUGGCAAGACGAGCCACGUCUAUCUCGGAGGCAUGAGCCAGGGGAUGGCGACCGCCUUGUGGACAUUAUUCUGUGCGACAGGACGCGUUCGAGGGCAGCUGGGAGGGUUCCUGGGCUUCUGCGGCUGGCUGCCUUUUGCUCACCAGUUGGAAGACCUGCUUGGACAUCCAAACGAGGCCGAGCCACCGAGUCAUCAUCAUAAGGGGUCUCAGGUUCAGUCGCUCGUGUCUCGUUUGUUCCCCGACAGCAUCGGCAAACCCGAAGUGUCACAGGGAAACGAGUCCGGUGACACCUUCUUGCUCUCACCUCCCGUGUUUCUGAGUCACGGCACGGACGACGCGUGGGUGUCUGUGCAACUGGGUCGGCAGGCAGCUCGCAUCUUACGGCAGAUCUCGGUUGAUGUGGAAUGGUAUGAGUUUGAGAGCGCCGAGGGCGAUGGCCAUUGGGUUAAGGAACCGGAGGGAUUCGACCAGAUGGUGGGAUUUCUGGCGAGAACCAUGCAGGAGCAGUCAGGGAGGGGUGAUUAUUGA